AAAAGGGGGGAAAACUCUGAAAUUCACAUAGAAGAGGAGAGGAGUGGGUGAUGAUAAAGGAUUUGAGGACACUAGAAAUAAGAAUCUGUGUCAAAUAAAGUCACCAUCCACUUUAAGACCACCACAACAAACAAACAAACCAAACCCUCUCCUCCUCUCUUUCUAAAACCAUCUGUAUCUGUCUUCAUACUCCAACAGUCCCAAAUGAUCAUCUCAUUCUCAUCUUCAUCUUCCUCUUCUUUAUUCUCACUCUUCCUUCUACCAACCUCUCUUCUUCUUCUUCUUCACUCCUCUGUUACAGAUUUAGAUCCCAAUCCCAAUUCCUCUCCUUCUCUUCGCCAUGACCAAGCUCGUCGUCGAAAUCCUCGACGCCGGCGACCUCAUGCCCAAAGAUGGCGACUCUGCCAACCCCUUUGUCGAGGUCGAUUUUGACGAUCAAAAACAGAGGACUCGUACCAAACACAGAGACCUCAAUCCUUACUGGAACGAGAAGCUCCUUUUCAACAUCUCCCACCCCAAAGAUUUUCCCAACAAGACCAUCGAUGUCGUUGUUUAUAACGAGAGGAAAUCCGGCCACCGCCGUGAUUUUCUCGGCCGUGUCAGAAUUUCCGGCAUGUCGGUGCCUCUUUCUGAACAGGAAGCUAAUAUCCAGAGAUACCCACUUGACAAACGUGGCCUUUUCUCUCAUAUCAAAGGCGAUAUUGGGUUCCGAAUGUUUAUAAUUCACGAUGAUGAUUCGUCUUCUUUUUCUUCUCCUCCUCCUACUCAUCCGGCGCCACCACAAACUCCCCAUUUCGAAACCCCCCUGCAAGAAAUCAAUCCCAACAUAUUCGAUCAGGAGGAACUGCAAGUACCCAGUGAUGGAUACGAGAGUGCGAAGGUAAAGAAGAAGAAGGAAAAGGACGUCAAGACCUUCCACUCCAUAGGAACAGCUCCUGCUGCGGCUGCGGCGUCGGUGACUCCACCACCGACAGAAUUCAAGCGGCCACCGCCAAUGGCAACCCGGAUGGACUUCGCUCAAGCAGGUCCAUCUCCGGCGACAGUAAUGCAUUUGCCAAUUCCAAAGCAAAAUCCAGAGUACUCAUUGGUGGAGACCAGCCCCCCAUUGGCAGCAAGAUUGCGGUACGGCUACAGAGGAAAAGACAAGAUCAUCAGCACCUACGAUAUGGUGGAGCAGAUGCAUUUUCUGUAUGUAAACGUAGUUAAAGCUAAAGAUCUCCCUGUCAUGGAUGUUUCAGGGAGUUUAGACCCUUAUGUGGAAGUGAAAGUGGGGAACUACAAAGGGGUCACAAAGCACUUGGAGAAGAACCAAAACCCAGUUUGGAAGCAGAUUUUUGCCUUCUCAAAAGAGAGAUUGCAAGCAAGUCUACUGGAAGUGACUGUGAAAGACAAGGAUUUGGGGAAAGAUGAUUUUGUGGGAAGAGUUUUCUUUGAUAUCCCUGAGGUUCCAUUGAGAGUUCCUCCUGAUAGUCCACUGGCUCCUCAAUGGUACAAACUGGUGGACAAGAAAGGGAUCAAAGCAAAAGGGGAAGUGAUGCUUGCUGUUUGGAUGGGAACUCAGGCUGAUGAGUGUUUCCCUGAUGCUUGGCAUUCUGAUGCUCACAGCAUCAGCCAUGGCAACCUUGCCAACACAAGAUCAAAGGUCUAUUUCUCUCCUAAACUCUACUAUCUAAGAGCCCAAGUGAUCGAAGCUCAAGACCUCAUCCCAUCAGACAAAUCCAAGCCCCCAGAUACAUUCGUGAGAAUACAAUUCUCCAAUCAGGGUAAAGUAACCAAACCUUCUCAGAUGCGAGUGAUCAACCCAGUUUGGAACGAGGAGCUAAUGUUUGUAGCAUCCGAACCAUUUGAAGAUUUCAUCAUCAUCUCUGUUGAAGACAGAGGAACAGGGGAGAUUCUGGGAAGAGUGAUCGUCCCAUCAAGAGAAGUUCCACAGAGAAUCGAGUCCACAAAACUCCCAGACGCCCGCUGGUACAAUCUCCACCCUCCAUAUAUCGCUAAAUUAGAGGAAACAGAGAAAAAGAAGGAGAAAUUCUCCAGCAAGAUCCAUGUCCGUCUCUGGAUCGACUCGGGGUACCAUGUUCUAGACGAAUCAACCCACUUCAGCAGCGAUCUUCAACCAUCCUCCAAAGUCCUCAGAAAAGACAGCAUCGGAGUACUCGAACUAGGUAUUUUGAGCGCUCGGAAUCUGCUACCAAUGAAAAGCAAAGAAGGAAGAACCACAGAUGCUUACUGUGUGGCCAAAUACGGCAACAAAUGGGUUCGAACCAGAACUCUUUUAGACACCCUCGCCCCUCGCUGGAACGAACAGUACACAUGGGAAGUUUACGAUCCUUGCACUGUAAUCACAAUUGGGGUUUUCGACAACGCUCACACAAACGGAAGCAAAGAAGACGCAAAAGACCAAAGAAUUGGAAAAGUAAGGAUUCGAUUAUCCACAUUAGAGACCGACAAAGUAUAUACGCACUAUUACCCUUUAUUGGUUCUUCAGCCCUCUGGCCUGAAAAAGCACGGAGAGCUUCAAUUGGCUUUGAGAUUCACCUGCACGGCCUGGGCCAACAUGUUGACACAGUACGGGAAGCCAUUGCUCCCCAAAAUGCACUACCUACAACCAAUCCCAGUCCGCCACAUCGAUCUACUCCGCUUCCACGCGAUGAACAUAGUGGCGGCAAGGCUGUCCCGGGCCGAGCCCCCACUCCGGCGAGAAGCGGUGGAGUACAUGCUCGAUGUCGAUUACCACAUGUUCAGUCUCAGAAGAAGCAAAGCGAAUUUCAAUCGCAUAAUGUCGCUUCUCUCAGGAAUCACCGGAAUUUACGGAUGGUUCAACGAUGUGUGCAUCUGGAAAAACCCUAUCACGACCUGCCUCGUCCAUGUCCUGUUCUUGAUUCUUGUUUGUUACCCCGAAUUAAUCCUCCCGACCAUCUUCCUCUACCUCUUCGUGAUCGGAAUUUGGAAUUACCGGUUCCGGCCGAGGUAUCCGCCGCACAUGGACGCGAGAUUGUCGCAGGCGGAGCACACUCACCCGGACGAGCUGGAUGAAGAGUUCGACAACUUUCCAACGACGAAGCACAUUGACACGGUGAGGAUGAGGUACGACCGUCUGAGGAGUGUGGCCGGAAAAGUACAGACGGUGGGGGGGGAUUUGGCAACGCAAGGGGAAAGAGCUCAGGCGAUUCUGGGGUGGAGAGACCCGAGGGCCACCGCACUGUUCAUCAUCUUCGCGUUGAUGUGGGCGGUUUUCAUUUACGUUACGCCGUUUCAGGUGGUGGCGAUUCUGAUCGGACUGUAUCUGUUCCGGCACCCGAGAUUCAGGAGGAAGUUACCAUCAGUUCCUGUCAAUUUCUUCAAGCGGCUGCCAUCAAAGGCGGAUAUGAUGUUAUUGUAAUUUAUAAAGAGGGGGCUCACACUCUGACACUAUGAAAUCACUUCGGUUUAUUUUAUAUCCAUCUUAUUUGUUUAAUUUUUAUGAACUAAAUAGUAUAAUAUUGCAAUAAGUUCAAACACUAUCAAAAUCAUAACAAAAUAUAUGUAUUUACCUUUGA